CAACUUAGUUCGAACCUCAACGCAAAAUGCCCAUCCAUAUUUCAUCCACUCUUCCCGAACUGAUCUCGCCAACUCAAACAUGGCAAGCAUACGAGCAGCAACAGCUGCAGCCGAGCUGUGAUAUGGUUGACGCUGUCUCCGCCACUCAGCAGCCCGCCUUGCUGCCCCGCGUUCGCCACAUGCAACAGAAUGUGACCUUACUGUUUACACCCGCGUUGGCCACAGGCGUCGUGCCUGGGAAGGGUGAACUAUACAUUGCUGAAACACAAAUUGUCUUCUUCAACCCGUCGACAUCUAUCUGCAUAGCCAUCGACUACCCAUCAAUAGGCAUCCAUGCCGUCUCUCGACACGGCGACGAUGUCACUGGCGUCAACAUCCCCCACAUAUACGCACAACUUGACUCGGCAACCGUCAAAACUCACUCUUUACCCACUGCCGUGAUCGAAUCUCAGAGGGAUGCCAAUGGCAAUGUUACCAAUCCAAGCGCAAGAGCGGAGGAAGAGGAUGAAGAGGAUGACGAGAAGGUGGAAGAGGACUCCACACCUGAAUUUAGGCUAGUUCCGGAUGAUGUUACUGGACUGGACGCACUAUACCAAGCCAUCUCCUCCUGCGCAGCCCUCCACCCGGACCCAACAGAAGUAGGGGACGACCAAGACGCCGACGAGGAAGAUUCAAACGAUUGGUACACGACGCCUGAAUCGGCACAAGAGCUCAAUGACCUGCAACAAGCGGCGCUGGAUCACCUCAGCUCGGUGUUUGCUGGACCAAACCCGUUUUCGCAGCAGGCUCAAGAACAACAACAACAGCAGCAACCGCGGGAAUCGGCGCAAGAAGAUCAGUUUGCCGAUGCUGAAGAAGAUAUGCAGCGGUGAUGGGGCUGCGGUUCUGCAGCAAGUGGACCUUUUCCAAUAUCACUGGGAGCCUUUGAUAGUUCCGCAAAGCAAGCAUCAAAUCAUGAUACAUCUGUAGCUAGUGGGGAAGACGGCAGUACUAAAACUAGCGUUCCUAUUUCGCGAUGAAUGUAGACAGAUCUUUCAACCCAUGCAAUUGCACUGUGGGAUGUGCGGACAUCACAAUACGUAGGCGUUUCUCAAGGCUUCAGACACAGCCGCGUUGGACACGAUCAAGCGAAGUGCCCCUCCGAUUUGGUUAUUGCAUCUUUUGAUAAGUCCUGUCUGCAAAUGCUACAUGUACUGCAUGCUUCCGGUACUCCAAUUGGGUGU